CUGUCCGAGUUUCCACCACCAGUUCAUGGCUCCUCGGUGUAGUUGAAGUCUGCACGCUGUCCCGGGAAGAAGAAAGGCUUAUUUAAGUUGCUUUGAGGUUUUAUCCGUGUUGGAGUCGUAGAGAAACUGCCCUUGGUGGUGUGGUAUUUUCUUUGGACAGCGUUAAAAAAGCAGCCAAAAUGCCCGUUUUUCACACGAAGACUAUAGAAAGUAUCCUGGAGCCGGUGGCUCAGCAAAUAUCCCAUCUGGUGAUAAUGCACGAGGAAGGUGAAGUUGACGGAAAGGCGAUACCAGAUCUAUCGGCGCCGGUGGCUACGGUGCAGGCGGCCGUUAGCAACCUCGUCCGGGUUGGGAAGGAGACCGUUCAAACUACAGAAGACCAGAUUAUGAAAAGGGAUAUGCAACCUGCUUUUAUCAAAGUGGAGAAUGCAUGCGCAAAGCUGGUGCAGGCUGCUUCCAUGCUCAAAUCGGACCCAUACGCCGUUCCUGCUCGGGAUUUUCUGAUCGAUGGUUCCCGGGGCAUCCUGUCUGGAACAUCUGAUCUGCUUCUGACCUUUGAUGAAGCUGAGGUCCGUAAAAUCAUCCGGGUGUGCAAAGGGAUCCUGGAGUAUCUGACUGUGGCAGAGGUGGUAGAAUCAAUGGAGGACUUGAUCACGUACACAAAGAACCUCGGUCCAGGUAUGACAAAGAUGGCGAAGAUGAUAGAUGAGCGGCAGCAGGAGCUCACGCAUCAGGAGCAUCGGGUGAUGCUGGUCAACUCCAUGAACACAGUCAAGGAGCUGCUGCCCAUCCUCAUCUCAGGUAUCAAAAUCUUUGUAACAACCAAGACGUCAGGUGGACAAGGUGUGGAAGAGGCUUUGAAGAACCGCAACUUCACCUUUGAGAAGAUGAGCGCUGAGAUCAAUGAGAUCAUUCGGGUGCUGCAGCUUACGUCCUGGGACGAGGACGCCUGGGCCAACAAGAAGGACACAGAAUCCAUGAAGAGGGCUCUGGGGCUUAUUGACUCAAAGAUGGCACAUGCCAAAAACUGGCUAAGGGACCCAAAUGCUCCACCAGGAGAUGCAGGGGAACAGGCCAUCCGUCAGAUUCUGGACGAAGCGGGAAAAGUCGGGGAAUUGUGUACGGGAAAGGAGCGCAGGGAUAUUGUGGGCACUGCAAAAACCCUGGGCCAGAUUACAGAUCAGGUGUCUGAAAUGAGAGCCAGAGGUCAAGGAGCAUCCCCAGUGGCCGUGCAGAAGGCCCAGCAGGUUUCCCACGGGCUCGACGUGCUGACAAACAAGGUUGAGAAUGCGGCUCGCAAACUGGAGGCCAUGACGAACUCUAAGCAGGCCAUCGCUAAGAAGAUUGAUGCUGCACAAAGCUGGCUUGCAGAUCCCAAAGGUGGCCCUGAGGGAGAAGAGAACAUCAAGGCUUUGCUCACAGAAGCUAAGAAGAUUGCUGACAUGUGUGAUGACCCCAAGGAAAGAGAAGAUGCGUUGCGCUCUAUUAAAGAGCUCGCUACUCUGACCGCCAGACUGUCUGACCUCAGAAAAAUGGGUAAAGGUGACACACCUGAGGCCAGAGCUUUGGCCAAACAGAUCGCUACAGCUCUGCAGAAUCUGCAGUCCAAAACCAACAAAAUCGUGACAAACAGCCGGCCUGCAAAGGCAGCUGUGCACUUGGAGGGAAAGAUCGAGCAAGCACAGCGCUGGAUCGACAAUCCCACCGUGGAUGACAAUGGCGUGGGCCAGACAGCUAUCCGUGGCCUUGCAGCAGAGGGCCGCAGGCUGGCCAACGCUCUUCCUGGCCCAUACCGCCAGGAGCUAAUGGGUAAGUGCGAGCGGGUGGAGCAGCUCAUGGCCCAGCUGGCCGACCUGGCAGCCCGAGGGGAAGGGGACUCCCCUCAGGCACGUGCUGUGGCUCAACAACUCCAAGAGGCUUUAAAAGACCUCAAAGGACAGAUGCAGGAGGCAAUGACUCAGGAGGUGUCCGACAUUUUCAGUGACACAACCACCCCCAUUAAGUUGUUGGCAGUAGCUGCUACUGCCCCUCUGGAUGCUCCUAACAGAAAUGAGGUCUUUGACGAAAGAGCUGCCAACUUUGAGAACCAUGCCAAUAAGCUGGGAGCCACGGCGGAGAAGGCGGCUGCUGUUGGCACGGCUAACAAAAGCACAGUGGAGGGAAUACAGGCUGCCGUCAAGUCAACCAGAGACUUGACACCACAAGUUGUAUCUGCUGCUCGGAUUUUGCUGAGAAACCCCGGCAACCAAGCUGCUUAUGAACAUUUUGAGACCAUGAAGAAUCAGUGGAUCGACAAUGUCGAGAAAAUGACAGGUCUGGUGGAUGAAGCCAUCGACACAAAGUCUCUGCUGGACGCCUCAGAGGAAGCCAUAAAGAACGACUUGGAUAAGUGCCGCGUGGCCAUGACCAACCACCAGCCUCAGAUGUUAGUGGCUGGUGCGACCAGCAUCGCCCGCAGAGCCAACCGCAUCCUGCUGGUGGCCAAACGAGAGGUGGAGAACUCUGAGGAUCCAAAAUUCAGGGAGGUGGUGAAGGCUGCAUCCGAUGAACUGAGCCAGACAAUUUCUCCUAUGGUGAUGAGUGCCAAGGCAGUGGCUGCAAAAAUCCAAGAUCCGAGUCUUCAGAAAGGCUUUCUGGACUCUGGUUUUAAGAUCCUCGGUGCUGUGGCAAAGGUCAGGGAGGCCUUCCAGCCCCCAGAGCCAGACUUCCCACCCCCUCCUCCUGAGCUGGAUCAGCUUAAUCUCAACGAUGAAGCAGCGCCUCCCAAGCCUCCUCUUCCAGAGGGUGAAGUCCCACCCCCCCGACCUCCUCCCCCAGAGGAAAAGGACGAGGAGUUCCCCGAACAGAAAGCUGGUGACGUGGUGAACGAGCCGAUGAUGGUGGCCGCCAAGCAGCUUCACGAUGAAGCUCGCAAGUGGUCAAGCAAAGGAAAUGACAUCAUUGGUGCUGCCAAGCGAAUGGCCCUGCUCAUGGCAGAGAUGUCCCGCCUGGUGCGUGGAGGUAGCGGAAACAAGCGUGCUCUCAUCCAGUGCGCCAAGGACAUCGCCAAGGCUUCCGAUGAGGUCACCAAGAUGGCCAAGGAGGUCGCUAAGCAGUGCACUGACAAACGGAUCCGGACCAACCUGCUCCAGGUGUGUGAGCGCAUUCCCACCAUCAGCACCCAACUCAAAAUCCUGUCUACUGUCAAAGCCACCAUGUUGGGUCGUACCAACAUCAGCGAGGAGGAGUCGGAACAGGCGACUGAGAUGUUGGUCCACAAUGCUCAGAACCUCAUGCAAUCUGUGAAGGAGACGGUAAGGGAGGCAGAAGCCGCUUCCAUUAAGAUCCGGACAGACGCGGGCUUCACCCUCCACUGGGUGAGGAAGACCCCCUGGUACCAGUAAGAGAAGGGCCUUUGGACUCCUCCUUCAUUGUGUCCAGCGGUCCACAGAAGGCUUUUGACAGACAUGUGCUACGCCACAGCUGUGGGUGAAGCCGUUUUCCUUAAUCUGGAACGGUUGCUGUUCUGAUAGAAUGUAAAUGAUGGGAUUUGGUAGACAACUACAUGUUAAGCUUAUUUGGAUGAAUCCCAGGGAUAUAAAUAUUUUGGUCAGAGAUUAGAUUUCAUUUAAUGUAAGGGUAAUAUUUCAGGGUCUUUUCUAGAUCCAGGUCACAUUAAGUUAAAUUUAAUUAACCAUAUUUUCUUGACCAUUUUUUUUGUCUUUGUACUGGUGAUUUUCUGAUUUACUCACUUAUGCAAACAAACCUGAAACGUUAAGUACAAAGAGAAGCUAUAAGUACAGAAUACUGAAUACAUCUACUGUAGUAUUGUCAAUACAAGGGAAAUAGAAGCACUGUUUUUCAGUUUCACUUAAUCCAGUUGUAGCGGCCUUUUUCUUCCUUCUGCCAAAGAUUUUUUAGCAAUAUAUUUUGAAUUUAUACUUUUCUUAAUCGAACAUAACUUAGGGGCUAUUGAAAACAAUGAAAAAAUGGAUUGAUAAAAGUAUUUGUUGUACAUGAACUAUAGUAGCAGGUCUGUUUCACACUGUGUACUACUUCCACGUCUGUUGCUAAUUCAGCUAAAACGAUAUCACCUACUUUUUUUUAAAGCAUUUAUAUUUAUAUAAGGCACGGUCCGUUUUUGUUACGUAAAUUGCACAAUUCUCAGUAGUCAAUAGAGAGCGGAAUAAGAUAAUGCAAAGCAAUGAACUUUUGAUUUUCUUUCUUUUGUUUGGACAUGUCUUGAUACACUAAACAGAAACGUCCAUGUUUUGUGACGACUGUAAUAGAUACUCUAAAACGUGAAGACCUUUUGUUGUAAAAGUGUCCUUAGAAUCUUCUAACAACUGAUGUGCCUUUUAAAAUAAACUGUUUUUGCAAUUCAUACGGUUUGCCCUUUAAGUUGUUUUUGUAUUUGUGUUGCAAUGAAUUUUUUUACGAUACAUUUUUGCAUAGGAUACUUAUUGAAAGUUCAAUCCAAAUCAGGACUUUUAUGGUGAGGUUAGGAGGAAUGCAAACCUUUUUUUUUUCUUAAAAUGGUAUAACCUUGGUGGGUUAAAGUGAGUUUAAACAUCAGUUUGUUAAAAGAUUAUUCACUAUUUUGUAUUAAAGCAUUUUACAGCACUUAAAA